AGCAGUUUGAGCCUGUGGCAAUUUUAGUGACAUUUAUAGCCACAGAAACAUUAAACACGGCUACAAAGUCCUAAAGAAGAUACCAAAUGAGAAUUUGAUAUUUUGAAAAAUCGGAACUAGCACACAUUGACGCUUUUAAUUGUUGUAACUUACUACUAACAACUAGUGAGGCAGUUUAAUGUUAUUACAAAGUUCCCGGUUGGUCAUUUACUAUCAAAAUAGUUAAAUAACGCUUUUCGAACAUUUCCUUUAUCCAAUACGAUUAUUUCGGCUGCUUGGUGCAUCAGCCAUUACUGUCGUGUAGAAACUUGAACCUGAAAGUGAAGUUGUUCCGCCCACAUUAGUUGCCAUGGAUACGAGUCCAGUAGCGCGAGAUCGACAACGUCAAAGCUAGCUAAGGCGCCAUGUAGCAUAAACUCUCUUCUUCAUUUCCAUGAAUACAAAUUAACGGAAGAGUUAAAAAAAUAUAUAAUAAUCUAGUCCGUAUAAUCCGGAUCAAAAAGACCAAAACUACUUUUCCCCGCCGACUAACUCGUAUGUUGUGUUGAGGGAGCGGGGAAGAUUGAAGCUAACCGCUGUUGACUUGUUAGCCUGCGGGUGCGGCGCCAUGUCGGAGGAGGACGUCCACAAGAUGAAGAUUUGUAGCAGCUCAGAAGACAAAAAGAAGAAAAGAAAGAAGAAAAAAGGCUUCGCUGCCUCACUAACGUCGACACAGCAUUCAGCCAAGCCCCCUGAGGCCGUGCACCUGACCCUGACGCCAGCGUGCCCGAGGCCCCGAGGUCAAACAUCCAAGCUGCGUGUGGCCUGCAAAAAGAGCAAGGACCGGCCCCCCGCAGACAAACCCGUCAAAGAGCUGUCGGCGAGCAGAAGAAGCGGCGCCACGAGGGCGUGCCGUGUGGCCGAGCUCAGCGCACAGGCGAGGGAGAGCCUGAGGUGGGAAGAGGCGGUGGAAGACCCCCAGGCGGAGGAGGAGAGGCUGGAGGUGUACCGGGUCAACAGGAGGCGGCGCUAUGUCGCCCAGCAAGAGGUGCAGCAGGCGUCCACGCUCGCUGCAGGGACGUCGCCAAUUUUGAGCCCAGACAGUCUGUGAGCAGGACUUGGCUCCUCUUGUGGAUCACUUCAUCAGCAGCAUGAGGAGGAGUCACAUGACCUGAGCACCCACAGGACGUUGAUGGUAAUCAAGCUUGUUUCAUUGCAAUAUCAAACACUAUUGUGGGGCUCUUCAAAAUGCGGCCCGGAGGCCAUUUUGGCUCACAGCUUGUUUGUAUCAUAAUAAUACAAAUACAAUUGUAUCAAUUAUUAGAUAAACGUGUUUUAUUCCUUGCUGAGGCGCCAAUGUUUUCGUCAAAUAGCUUAGCAUGUACAGCAGGGCCGGCCCGUGGCAUAGGCCGUAUAGGCAAAUGCUAAGGGCGCCGUCCAUCAGGGGGCGCCACACCAGUGCCACAAAUGUUGGAGAAAAAAAAAAAAAAGUGUACUAUUAUUUCUAAAUACAAAAAAUAAUCCCAAGUUAAUUAAAAUGCAAAGUAAAGCCUAUUUAAUAGAAAUAUUGUUUGUCACAACAUUAUGCCCCCCCCCCCCCCCCACCCUCCCCCCGCACGGUGCGCCCCCUCCCUUCCCCUAUCAUGACUCUUUUUUUGGACGUCACCACAUCAAAAAAAUCAACACUAGAUGUCAAAACGGCCAAAACUGUCAGGUGCCCAGGGAAGAAAAAAGAAAAAAGAAGAGGAGGAGAAACGAGAAAAAGACAGAGGUAGCAGGUAGGUAACGUUAUAGUCUACAUUAAAUUAUUUUUCUGUUACAGAAUGUGAUAGUAACCUGGCUUUUUAGCAUUAAGCUAAUGUCACAUGAUUCGGCAAUUGCUAAUCAAUAAAUAGCUAGUUCUGUUUUAACGUCGGGUUAAUAUUGUGGAGGGGGCUAAAUUGUUAUGGAAAAUAAUAAUGUAACGUUAUGUAAUUACAGUACUCCCACCUUACAUUCCUUAGGGACAUUUGUAUUAGAUCUUUUAAGCAGGUGUUUUUUGUUUACAUUGUUAUUGCCUUCUGGUUAGCUAAUGUUUGCCCUGCAGGUAAUAGUCACUUUUCCACCCCUUUAUAUAUUAGGUAUAGUUGUAAGCCUAGUUGUUAAAGUGCACAUCAUUAAUGUUAAAUAAGCAAUAUCACAUGAGAGGGAAUGCUGUUUUUUAAUUUGAGCACUGCUGUGAUUCGGUUAAAGAUAAUCAUAACAUAACAUUCUCAUAUAAUAUGUUAAUUUGCUUUCUUUAAGUAAAAAAAAUGGUCAAAGACAAAGCUAUUCGGUUUCUUGUGAGUAGAUACACUUCACUGCCGAUGUGGGGGGGCGCCACCUAAAAUCUUGCCUAGGGCGCCAGAUUGGUUAGGGCCAGGCCUGAUGUACAGUACUCGCCUACAGCGCUUUGCUUUUAGAAUCCUUCUAGAAAGAGUCCGGACAACAUUUAAUGUCCACCUUGACAGUACCACUGCUGCACGGUAGGGGACAGAAGAAGCAAAUAAAGACACUGAAAAACAGUACUGAUGUUUUAUUGAUAAUUAAAUACAUCAUUACCGUAAUUUCCGGACUAUAAGCCGCACCUGACUAUAAGCCGCACGAGCUAAAUUUAGGGGAAAAUACUGAUUGCUCCAUAUAUAAGCCGCACCCGACUAUAAGCCGCAGGGUUUUGAUGUGUAAUUACCGUAGUAUAUAGGGGUUCCUGCUACCACGGAGGGGAUUGUCGGGACAGAGAUGACUGUUUGGGAACGCAAAGCGUCCCAUUUAUUAACAAUCAAUCUUUCAAUCAUUCAAUCAAACUUUCACAUCUUUGACAUGGCGAACAGCAUUCGUGCAGAGUACAAAUAAUACAACGGUGCAAAGUAAUACAAAGUGCUCGCCUGUACGUUAUCAAAAUAACCAGCCUACCGGUAUAUGAAAAGUCAGUCUUUAAUCAUUGUGUCAUCGUCUUCCUCCUGCGUACUAAAACCACCAAAAUCAUCUUCGUCGGUGUCGGAGAAGAACAGGCCGUAAAUAAGCCGCACCCUUGUAUAAGCCGCAGGGACCAGAACGAGGGGGAAAAGUAGCGGCUUAUAGUCCGGAAAUUACGGUACUUUGAUUGGGAACCAUCAGGGAGUUUCAUAGUCAACAUUUUAUUUUUAACAAUCUUAAAUAUUCAGGAACAUCUAUUUUUAUAUGUCAGGGAUUGUGAAUGUAGCUAAUUCAAACUCAUCAUAUUUUUGAAACAAUUGUUACUAUACGAACCUAAUAAUACAGCGUCAACAGAAGUGAUUUUGUAAAACUGGAUUCAGUUAGGUCAGGGGUCGGCAACCUUUACCACUCAAAGAGCCAUUUUGGCAAGUUUCACAAAUUAAAGAAAAUAAUGGGAGCCACAAAAAAAAAUUUAAUUUUAAAAUGAAAAACACCGCAUACAAAGCUUAAAUUGCUUUUGGCUAUGUUAACCAGGGGUCUCUGACACACGCACCGGCACGCACUAUAACAUGGAAAUUUGAUGAUAGUGCGGCCCGCGAGUUUUGAAUGAAUGGCGCUUGAUAGCGUCAUACUUGCCAACUCUCUCACUAUUUCCGGGAGACUCCAGAACAUCAGAGCGUGAUGGCACUGCUUUUGGCGCCCUCUACAGUCUGCCCUAACAGUGU